AUGAGUGACAGCAAGUCAUUCCAGUCUUACCCGGCAAGCAUUUUCUCCGACGAAAGUGACCUCGCGUCUGAUAUAGAAGCAGAUUUACAGGAACUUCCAGCUGAGACUGAUUCACAAUCUUGCGCCGCUUUCUCCUCAGAUGUGGCCUCUCUUGGCAGUUUUGCUUCGCCGUUCACCGGUAGUCUUUCGUCGGUAAAUGAAAUUCCUAGAGGCCAACGGUUUGUCGAUGAGCAACCCAUCUACCUUCCCGCUCUUUUUUACUUUCGUGCCUCUAACUCUCUCCUACUUCCCUCGUCCGAAACAGACCGGUGUCAAGAGGUUAGACUUUGUCUUGACACAACAAAAACGGAAGUGGGUUCCGGACAGGGUCCUAUAACUUCGCUGAGUCAAAAUCUCCCGAGCAGCCGCCUGCUUAGCGGCUUUGCCAGUGGUCGGAUUGCCAUGUGGCAGAUGCCCGAAACAGACCGGGGUGAACCUCUAUGCGGCGACGCAGAAGACGACGACACGUCGACAGUCAGCUCCUCAACCAUCAAAAAGGGCGUGAAGAAGGCAGCCGGCAGUCUGCUGAGGAUUAUUAAUGACGCCCAUCAAGACAUGCAGUCGAUAAUUGUAUGCGCCUUCACGUCUUUGCCCACCGUGGCUGUGUCUGUUGAUAGUGGUGGUUCCGUGUUUGAGAUGGACUUUAGACGAGGUCUUCUUGGUCGAAGCACCCAGUCUGUCUGUUUCUUUUCCGGAAGCCACGGUGAAAUAUGCGCAAUGUCUCCACUUCGCCCAGCACACUCCACCGGCCUACUACAGAGCAUUCAAGGCCACUCCUCUUUUCGCGCUCUCUUUGGCUCGGCCAUGGUUGCUAUGGCCUCAUUCACCAAGGUCAUUGUCGUUAUGCUGAAACCCAAGUUUCGUGUUGUCUUUUGGCAGUACCUCAAGGGCCAGCCCUCCUGCCUCCCUCUGCUGUCCUGGUCUUGGCACCAGCCAGCAGGGUCGCCGGACGACGCGUCGGCGGAGUGCUGUGCCUUCCUUGGAUUCGCGCGGUCCUCCAGCCUCCACAUUGCCCGCAUCACCACGCGCGCGGUGGACCACUCUCGCGCCGUGAUCUCCCCCAAAAGCAGCAUUUUUAGUCUUAACGGCAAACAGUUUGUUUUCCUUUUCGACGUCCUUCGCACCAUCUCCCUCGACCAUCGGUUUGUCUCGCUUCAUGUUUUUAGUCUGGAUUACAUUGCUGUUCUGGAUUCAGAGGAAAUCCUCCGUUUGAUCGAUCUCUCGACAGAACAGGAGGUAGAGUCGUUCAAUAUGACAAGUACACAAAUCUGCUAUAACUCGAGUGCAUUUAAGGCCUUGGCUAUUGGCGGUGCUGUCAGUGAAGCCCUGGCUUGUGCUAGUGAACGUGCUUGUGCGAACUCGGUUGCCUCAGCAUCUGGAAAACUCUUGAUUCUUGGCAAAAAUGGAAUUUCAUUAAUCGCACUCAAGUCGUGGAAGGAGCGUGCAACGAGCCUCUUCAAUGCUGGUCGCUUAGAAGAGGCCUUGGCGUGUUGUCGUCAGGUGGUUAAAGACUCCACCAUGACCCCACAGCUUCGGCAAUCUCUCCUUGAAGUUCUCAAUGAAAUGCCACUUGCGGACGCCAAACUUCGUCCCACUCCAGCGUCCGUUUCAAACCUUGUUGAGAUCUGUGUUGUUGCGAAUUUGGUCGAUUUCCUCCAAUCAUCUGUGAUACCUGCUUACCGGCAAGAUAAGUUGACAUUCCCACUUAUACUUCGGUGCCUCUGCACCCGCCUUCUCCAGCUAAAGCCUAUUUACGAGGUUCCUGAUGACGAUUUUUGCCUUCGUCAACUGGCCCCCGACAUCGUUAUGGAGAUCCUAGUCUGGAGCGUCCACGGUCCGAGUACCUCUCUGCCGUCUCCUUCAACGACCUCCAGUUUGGUCUCACCCAGCCCCACUGAUGUGAGCCGAGUGCAACAACCAAGGUGUAAAAAUGGUCGUCAGUUAGCUGAAUCAUGUCUCGUUCGCUUCUCUCCUGCGAGUCUCGACAUCGACAAGGUUGUUAAAUUCUGCCUCAGCAAUGGCUUGUAUCAGGGUUUUGCCUACGUCUACUCCUACGUGCUACAAGACCACGAGGCGGCAUUCCGACGGCUGACGGAUCUCCUGCUAAAAAGCGCUUCUGUCAGUCGACCCUCCCACGGCGCUCAAUCGCCAUCACCUGUUCAUUCAGCUGCAUCUUCGGAUUCGUUAGAGAAACCCGAUCCUCGAGAAGCAGUUAAUGCAAUUCUGCUCUUUUUGAAAUCGUGCUUUGUCGGAGAGGAGGUCUACGGACUUCCACUUGCCGAACAUUUCCACGAAGACGUACCCAGCAAACUAUUCAACCUCCUCCUCUCGUCGCAGGUGCUUUCUCCUGAACAUCAACGAAAGCCACUCUUUUCACAGCCCACAUCCUCUGCUCGCUCUGUCCCUCGCCUUCGUGUGUUGUUGCACUUCGGCGGCACAGUGGAUCUACUCAAUAUGCUGACCUUGGCCCUCCAAGAAAGCCCCUUCUUCUCCUUCAAACUGUCCUCUACGGGCCUGUGUUGUCAGCGUCGGCAGCGCUUGCUCAACGCUCUUGCAUUGUGUGCUCUCGAUGAGACCUCUGAGGCUCCACUGUCAAUCGAUGCUGACGACGUUGCGCGUCUCUUGUGCUUCAUCGGAAAGCAGCUCCUACUUCCCGAAAACGACUCGCUCGUUUUUGACAAUCAGAAAAUACUCAGUAUUUUGGACCGCCUUGUCAAACUGAUUAGUGCUGGUGAUCACACCCAAUUACCCACAACAGAACUUUCUGAUGUCCUCUUCCGACUUCUCUCUGCUGGUCGUUUGGCGGCUUCCGCAGAGAUGCUCAAGGUGGCCGAAAACAUUGGGUUGAAUGAUUUCUGCGAAUUAGUUUACCGACGACAGGGAAACCUCGGGGCGGUUCUCUCCUGUCUCCUGUCCAGCAUACAACGAACGGCGUCAGCUCAACCGGUACGCAACACCGCCCACCUUUGUGAUCUCGUGACCCGUGUUUACGUCUUCCUCAGUGGCUGUUUGAACUCGCCGACAGAGACUGGUGCCAAUUUCGCGCCCCUAGUAAAUCGGUUUCUAGAAUUUGUUGAAAUGUACGCUACUUUGGACCCACUGCGAUGUUUGAUCCUCCUGAUGCAUGGCAUUGGUCCCUCAAUGCGUCGUAUCCUCUGCGCACUGGAUACCUUCUUUAUGAGUGAUGAACCUCUACCUCCGAAUCUGCUAGCGCAAAAUUCACACCACAGCUACAACGACGACACAUGUCUUUCGCCUGAUGGACCCCAUCACCCGGCUGCAAUUAUUAUCCUAGAACCGUUUUACGAAUUAUUACACUCUGACAUGCCUGAUCUCGAGCUCGAGAAUGCUAUUUCUACAGUCGAAGGUGACACUAAACUCCGAUUGGCUCUGGACGAACUGCUCUCCAAGCCUGAUCCGCUGGUCGCCGAGUUCUACAUUCGACUCCUUCUAGCUGCUGGCAGAAGGGAGACUCUUAUUAAUUUCUUAAAAAUUAACGCUGAAUAUCGGGCAUCCGUCGUGCUGGAGCUUCUGGAUGAGGAAAGCUAUCCCUUGGAACUAGCCUGUAUAUGCGAAAAGACAGGUGACAAGAAUAAGGCCUUCGAGUUUCUCCAAAAGGAUUUUCUUACUCAUUGGGAUGGUCUUGUUGAUUGCUGCAGCGUCACCCCAACUAGCCGAAACCCCGAGCCCCUCCGAGAGCACUCCCUUCGGGUCCACGAGCGCGCCGAUGCUUGGUUCGCUUUUGCGGCCAGACAGUGCUCGGGCAGUCACACAGCCGCCAAUGAGGCAAGCAAUACACACAUCUACUUUCCAUCACCACUCUGGUAUGCCAUUAUUGAUGUCCUCUCGACGCUUCGAAAACAGCAGAUGUGUGACCAGUUAAAUUCGGAAUUGAAUCUUAUCUUUCAAAAGCUGUUGGAGUCCGCCAGCCCGUUUGUGCCGAUUCCCUCGCUCAUAAACCGCGUCCUUCAGCUUGUCGAUACGUCCGUGGCGUCGUUUGGUUCGGCGACGAACCGCUUCCUGUUGCAGCUUGUUGGUGUGUGGCACAAGGAGGUCAAACUGAUGCGUGACUGUCACCGCCUCAUGUCAAGCGAUGUCAGCGCUAGCGAACAGCGCAUUGUGGGAGUGCUAAAACGUGGAGUCGGUCUGCGACGCUACUCGUGCUCCCUUUGCGGAUUCACCUUCGCGCGCCGAUACAGGUUGCUCCGCUCGCUUGUCACCUGUUCCUUGCACACGGGCGGCUUUUCCACACUAGAUGAGAAGCACGCAAACAAACCCGAGAUCAUCAUAUUUUGGUAUGAUUCUUUAACUUUCUUGAAUACCACGUGUCCGAGAACUGACCUAGUCGCGGAGUUGUGCUAG